AUGAUAGAGCCUGGUUAUCCUAACGACGCCAGGGGCCCUCCGCGCCGCACAGCGCAUGCGCCCCCUCCCCGCGGCGCCAGGGGGCGCUGUGCCGGCGGCGGCGCCAUGGCGGCCGAGGGGACGGCGGCGGUCGAGCUGCAGGCCGAGGGGGAGCCCGGCGGCGAGGCGGAGGGCGGCGGCUUCGGGCAGCUGCUGGAGGACGAGGAGGGCGAGGACGGCGGUUACGUGCUCUACAGGGACAGGAAGGAGUGGGCAGACGUUGAACCAGUUCCUCAGAACGAUGGGCCGAAUCCCGUGGUUCAGAUCAUCUACAGUGAGAAGUUUCGAGAUGUCUAUGAUUACUUCCGGGCUGUUCUGCAGCGGGAUGAGAGAAGUGAAAGAGCUUUCAAGCUAACAGCAGAUGCCAUUGAGUUAAAUGCUGCAAACUACACAGUAUGGCACUUCCGGAGGGUCCUCCUGCAGUCCUUAGGAAAGGAUCUUUAUGAGGAACUCAAAUAUAUUACAGCUAUUAUUGAAGACCAACCAAAGAACUACCAAGUCUGGCAUCAUAGACGAGUGCUGGUAGAGUGGCUGCAGGAUCCAUCCCAAGAGCUUGAGUUCAUAGCUGACAUUCUUAACCAGGAUGCCAAAAAUUACCAUGCUUGGCAACACAGACAAUGGGUUAUUCAGGAGUUCAAGUUAUGGGACAGUGAACUGGAAUAUGUAGACCAGCUUCUGAGGGAGGAUGUCAGAAACAACUCUGUUUGGAACCAAAGAUACUUUGUAAUUUUCAACACCACUGGCUAUGAUGAUCCAGCAGUCCUAGACAGAGAAGUCCAAUACACUCUUGAGAUGAUCACAGCAGUACCACAUAAUGAGAGUGCUUGGAACUAUUUAAAAGGGAUUCUACAGGAUCGUGGUCUUUCUAAGUAUCCAAAUCUGCUAGAACAACUGUUGAGUUUACAGCCCAGCCACAGUUCACCCUAUCUGAUUGCCUUUCUUGUGGACAUCUAUGAAGAUAUGCUUGAAAACCAGUGUGAAAACAAGGAAGAAACACUAAACAAGGCAUUAGAGCUCUGUGAAAUUCUGGCUAAAGAAAAAGACACCAUCCGAAAGGAGUACUGGAGAUACAUUGGAAGGUCCCUUAAGAACAAGCACAGCUCCGGUGCUGAACAGAGCACGCUGACAGACAAGCAGCAGUAACUGAACUUGGAAGAAGCAGUGUUAAGCUCUCUACCUGUUGUAAAAGAGUACUAAGCAGAGGACAUCGCCUAGUGUAAAAGCCAGUGUAGUAUUCCCCUGGCCAAAGAGGUAUUGCUGCAAUGAAGGAGAAGUGCAGAGCGCAGUGUUAUCUCUUGGGUCACUGCUGCUACUGGUGAUAGAUAGCUCUGGUGCAGCAGAGAAAUGUAAUUAAGGCUUAAUUAUUUAAAUGUACCAAAUACAGGAUUUAUUUCAUAAUAGGAAAUAUAUAAAGCUAUAUGUGCUAUUUAUAAAGCACUAAACCAAUUUCUCACAUCUAGGCUUAUCCACUUGGUGUUCCUAACAGCCAUAUCAGGUGCUGCAGUAAUGACUGCAAGUAACACUAGGUGUAGAUGGUAUAAAGUAACCUGCUUCAGAUUAGUGCAAGUAGGUGCUCUCAUUGCCUCUUGUGGGUGCAGCUGUGCAGCACUGGCAGCAUGUGCUAUUGCAUGCAACUAACACCAACUGUCAUUUUGAAUAAAAACGGAUAACUUAAAGCGUUUGUCUGAAAUUUUUAGUUAUUUUUUUCACCUUUGAAUGUGCAUCGUUCUUCUCAGAUGCUAGUAGAGAUAACAAUAGAAUAUCCCCUUUAGGUACACUGGACUCUAUUGCAUCAAUGUGUCUUUUGCACUAGUGUAUUCUUAUCACAGUAAUUUUAAAUAUGCUAGAUGUAUUCGAGGUAUCCUUGAAUUCUUGUCUGCAGAGUCAUGAAGAAUGGUUUGGGGACCCAAAGAUUUGCUUAGUUUUUCUUGAAAUUCUGUCAGACAACUGAAAAUCUGAAAUUUUUGUUUUGGUUCGGUGUUGGUUGUGGGUGGGUGUUCUGUUGUUUUGUUGUUUCUUGUUUUGUGUGUGUGUGUUGGUGGUGAGUGGUUUUUGUUUUCAUCCUUUGUAAUAAGAGAAGUCUGAAGUCAUGCAUCAGAAGUGGUUGUAGCUAAAUGGUUAUGCUAUGUAUCUUUACUCGGCUGGAAGGGAAGGAACACUUUUUGUAGACCUCUGCAUUAAAUGCCUCGACCUUGUUGUUUCUGUAGGUUUUUCGUGUCUUUUCCAUGCAAAUAUUCAGCCAAAAAAUACUUUUCCUUGCAGUUGUGAAAGAUGUAAGAUACCUGAAAUACAGAACUGUAACGGGGAUGUGUACCUGUACAGAAGCUGUACCUACCCAGUUUUCAGUAAAUGACUGUUGUAAACUUUGUUCUUAGCAUAGUCUGCUUGUCUGAUAUGCAGUAUUUUCUUGCAAGUUAUCAUACAAGGAACAAGUAACAGUAUUUAUUCCAUAAUAUGAACAGUCUUUCUGAUACUAAUUGUUAAAAGCUGCUGCCAUAAUUAAACAAUGGUGGAGAUUAUUUCAGAAGCGUGAAAUAUGUCGAUUCUCUGUAUUCUUCAGAUUUAAAACUACUCACAUGGAAUUUAGUACAUACAAUCCAUAUACUACUUUUAAUGUCUUGCCACUUUUCCAGAAGUAGAGAAAGCAUUUUUGUCAUGACACAUGAAUGUUAAAAGUGAACAAGAGCUUCAGACUUCAAGAUCUAUCUGCCAUAUAUAUAUAUUUACCAGCUGAAGUUCCAGCAUAAAACAAAAAAUGUAUGUUUCUACUCAGAUAAAUUGUUCCUAACAGAAACUACACUGUUUGUAAUAUUACUUAGGCAGAAGUAUGUUCAAGGACUUCAGGGCAAAGUAAUGUAUUUGCCAUUAACAGUCGAGAAAGCUCACAGAGGUACAACACAAAUGCAACCAUUAAAGUAAACAUCAUCAAUCAAGAGGGAACGGAGAAUUGGUUUUGUCUCUGCAUAUGAUGUUACUGAGUUCCCACAGUUUUUAUAAACACAGUUUGGUAAUGAGUAAGGCAGAGGAUUCUUUUUAGAUACCAGCAUGAGUUUCAGACAAAAUAAUUAAUCUAAUGUAAGAAGAUGAACCGUGUCUGCUGGGAUGGUAUUUCCACACGUGACCCCUUGUGUCUGACAAAAGAGCUUAGAUACAGCCAUUAUUGUGGUUCUCUGUCAGUACAGUGGGGUGCUCUGGCAGGUCUCUUAGAUUGGUAUCUUACAGCGUGGUCAACUUCUGGCCUUCUCAUUCAUGAAAAUGAUUUCUAGAAGUAAUCAGUGAGCUGUCAUUAUCUGGUGACAAUGUUAACAGCGUUUUAUACUAGUUAUACAAGCAAGCAUCCUCUUCUCUGAUAGCUAAUUUUACCAAAAGAGGAAUAAUCAGAUAUGCACUCCAAAAAUGUACUGUAAGAGAAAAAAAAAUCUUGGCUCAAGUAAAAAGCACAUGAUAAAUCAUGCAAGUGCUAAGAGACUAGGCGAGAGUCCAGUUAAAAAAAAAAAAAAAAAAAAAAAAAAGGCAGUGCAUUUAGCAGAAAUAUUUGGUGUGUUUUCGUUUUACUUUUUUUUUCUUUCUAAUGUUUGUGUUUAUUCUCAUUCUGACUGUAAGGCCAGCUCUAAAAUUCUUUUCAAAAGACACCUUGGUUCUAUUGUUGCCAACCACACUCAGAAAUACUGAGCUGUCAAAGCUGUGAAAAUGACAGGCCACCCAGCCAGCUUGCAACUGCAGCUACCCAGCCUUUAAUUUUAAAAAUGUCUGAGGCAGAAUCUUUCUCAUAGAAGUGAGAGCUUGACAAAGCGUAUAAGCUAUAGAGAGCAGGAAGUGUUAGAUGACUAACCAAUCGGCAUUGCUACGCACUGCUGCGUCAGGACAAACAAAACUGCUUUAUCCUAAAGGUUUGUCUGUACAAGAAAACUUACUGUUGUAACUGAUUGUAUGUAGUGGUGUGACUCUUGUGUACUGAAUUUUACUACUGAAGAGUUGUGUCAAUGAAAAAAAUUAUUGGUACAACCGUCCCUUGUAAAUCUGUGUUAUUGGAACCUCAAGUGAAAUACGGAGAACUAUUAAAGCAUGUGAAAUAAUUUCUUAU